AAAUCAUCCAGGAAGGUGACUAUAUUUAGCCUGUGAGAGUCCUCGAAAGCCUCAGUACACACAGGACUUCCACCUCUGCUCUGCCUUCUCAGGCAAUUACUUCCCAAGAAGGCUGUGCACCUUGUGUUCCCACACUGCAACCAAGAUGUCAGAUAAAGCCAUAGAGAACGGAGAAGCAUUUGUGGCUGAUGCCCUCCUGCAGGAGUCUCAGUGGGAUGAGGAGGAAGAGGAAGACCCCUCCCAGCCAUCCUCUGCUGGUUCUACUCCUGGGGGGCCACCACCAGGACCCGAUUCCACAGACCAGCCCAAAAAAAAAGAAAGGGAUUUCUCCAGCACUGCAGUCAAGGUUGGUGCAGCCGUGGCAGGAGGAGUGGUGGCCGUGGGUGCUGUACCCGUGGUGCUGGGUGCCAUGGGCUUCACCAGCGCAGGCAUCGCUGCCUCCUCCAUAGCUGCCAAGAUGAUGUCAUCAGCUGCCAUUGCCAAUGGGGGCGGAGUUGCUGCUGGUGGCCUGGUGGCCACUCUACAGUCAGUGGGGGCAGCUGGACUCUCCAUGUCAUCCAACAUCCUCCUGGGCUUGACUGGGUCAUCUAUUGGGGGCUGGCUGGGGUCUAAAAUAAAGGUACCCUCUUCCUCCGAGAAUGGUUCGGAUAAGGAUGGGAAAUAAAGAGGAGAUGCUGUGACCUUC